GGAACACGCCAAUCAGCGUUCAGUUGUGUUGCUGCGGCUGAGAUCAUCGACCCCGGGAGGUCCUACAGUUUCCCAACAUGAGUAGCUCAGAGGAGGUAUCGUGGAUUUCUUGGUUUUGUGGUCUACGGGGAAACGAGUUCUUUUGUGAGGUAGAUGAGGACUACAUUCAGGACAAGUUUAAUCUUACAGGGCUCAAUGAGCAAGUUCCCCAUUACAGACAAGCCCUGGACAUGAUCCUGGAUCUUGAACCUGAUGAGGAGAUGGAGGACAACCCCAAUCAGAGUGACCUGAUUGAGCAAGCUGCUGAGAUGCUCUAUGGACUGAUACAUGCGCGGUAUAUCCUCACUAACCGUGGUAUUGCCCAGAUGCUGGAGAAGUAUCAGCAGGGUGACUUUGGCUAUUGCCCACGUGUUUACUGUGAGAAUCAGCCAAUGCUGCCAAUUGGGCUCUCUGACAUACCUGGAGAAGCCAUGGUGAAGCUCUACUGCCCCAAGUGUAUGGAUGUGUACACACCAAAGUCAUCCAGGCACCAUCACUCUGAUGGAGCCUAUUUUGGUACUGGCUUCCCCCACAUGCUCUUCAUGGUGCAUCCUGAGUACCGGCCAAAGAGGCCUGCCAACCAAUUUGUGCCCAGGCUCUAUGGUUUCAAGAUUCACCCAAUGGCUUACCAGCUACAGCUGCAGGCAGCCUCCAGCUUCAAGAGUCCAGUGAAAGCGAUCCGCUAAUAACCUGAAGGGGUGGGGGGUUGUGUGUCUGUGUACAUGGCCCACUCUUCUCCUACAUUUUUGUUCUAGAUUCAACCAAGACAAAUAUCUAAAUAUGGGGAGAGUGAGACUAUAAAACAGACUUUGGGGAGAAACAAAAACCUUACCUCUGAAACACUGUACAGAAAAUAGGGUGUUCAAUGUAAAACUAUUUCAGUUCUUAACCUGCACAUAGAAAGUUAUAAUUAAGAUACAUGAAUCUCUGGUUGUUUAUGUUGGGUUGCAUAAUGUUACCAUACGUUGCCACAGAUGUUUCAAAUUUGUUUCAUUAUUCAGUCUCCUCGAUUAGGCCUGAUCAUUGGCUUUCUUUGAAACCGCUGUGGCAAGUUAAAUUUGUUUUAAGCUCUAAUUAAUAGACAGAUUUGUAAGUUUUCAGUGCAUGUCUUUGUAGAAAUGACCAGAAAUGGAGACGAGUACAAUCAGGAAACUCAUUAUCAGAUAUGAAGUGUUUUGUAUUAUCUAAUACUCCACUUCAGAACAACGCCAACCUCCAGUGUCAAGAUGACUUAUGAUUUUACAAAUUUGACCACAGAACCAUGGUUGGGACUUUUUUAUGUUUGGAAUGGGCCCAGGUUAUUCUUCCCUUGUGUAAAGCAUUUCUUGUGUAAUACAGGCAUACGAGUAGACUAUAAAAAUCAAUUUGAAUGCAUUGGGUGUUGUUUGUGUGUGUGUGUGAUUUUAUUUUAUUUUUUGUUUGGUCCUUAAAAUCUUUUCCUUUACAGCUGUAGAGGAACCAGGGUUCAGAAUUCAAAAUAAAUGUCUUUUCCUAUAUCUUGUGUGAGAGUCCUCCAUAUAUGUAAGGUAUUUGGGUAAAUGAGAAUGUUCUUGAAGCAUUUUAAAACUUUUAUUGAUAACACAUUAUUAUUUGCUGUACUGAAUAGCUUAGAUAAAGAUGAUUUUGGAAGUUCAAGAAUGUCAAAAUAUAUCGUUCCUAUGACUGUGAGUUGGUGCAUAAAUUAGAAGUGUAACCAAGUUUGAGUAUAUCAUCUUUCUAUGAAUCUGACUUCUGCUACGAUAUCAAUUGCUGGAAAAGGAUGAGGCUGUUAUUCAUAAAAACUUGAAUUAUAUAAUCUUGCACUGUAUCUUUUUUUUAUAUAUACACUGAUCAGCCACAACAUUAAAACUAAUAC